UGUUUUCUUUAUAGCUCCGCUGACUCUUUGAAAAGUAUUCAACAGCAACUUUGGAAGUCCUCCUCCAUGGCUUUGCCUCGGGCGCCACCAUGGUCAAGUCCGACAGGAUUCAAACCGCAUCCGGUUGGCCUUUCAGAAUAAAACUCUUCGCGGUAGCUGCGUUCCGUGAUCCAUUCUCUUGAAUUUGAAUUGUGGAAAUUUGCUUAACUCAACCGCAACCGAGGAAAUCUUUCGAUUUUCUGAGUAUGUUUUAUGUUUGUACUUUAACAUCUACUUCACUAUGUAAUGUAUUCCAGAGAGUUACAUUUGAAAAAUAAGAUACAAAUCCAUUCACACAACUAUAUUUUUAACAGUUUUAUAGGUCAUCUUUUUUUUCACCACAACAGUGAAGUGCAACAAGUAUGCAUAGCUAAGUGAAAACAAAUCCAGAUAUACUCUGCUGAUCCUAGGCCUACUCAAACACUCACCGUUUGCUUUUCCUACUUUCACGGCUGUCUCUCUCUGGUGCCUCUAAACCAGUUUAGUCUAGUUUGUUAUCCUCAAAGACUGUAACUAAAAUGUUACAAAAAUCAAAUUCAUAAAUCAUGAAUAGAAGCUAUAUGAGGACUAUGUUUGAAGAAGUGUUUGCCCGUUGGCAAUCCUCUUGUUUUGUUAUAUUAUCAGGUUGAGCGAGUCCCUUGCAUUGAAUGUAACACAGGACAAGAACAUAUGCCUUCGGGAUAUUAUGCUUUCACCAACACAUGUUAGGGACAUUGGUGUUCACUGGUAAGCACCAUGACCGGUUUUGUCCAAGUACAACAUCACAUUCUAAAAAAUUAUAUUGGUGGAUUUUAGCCUACUAAAUGUAUUAACAUUUCCACUGUUAAGUAGCAGUGACACAGUAGUAUGUCCUGAGAGCCACAUUUGAUUCCUAGAUCUAUUUAAAUAAAGUUAAAAUAUGCCUUUAAAAGGCAUUAUUGAGUAGAACAGGGGUCCAUAUGAUUUCCUGCAGAUAUUUGCAUCACUUUUUCUCAGGUGAGAGUAUGACAUUCAGACCGUCCCUUCAAAAGAGCACAAAUAAUAUUAGCUGGUAACAAUGUUUGAUCUUAAAAGACCUAGAGGUCUGAGAAGGAGAGAAUGCAAAAGCCAAGUAGGCCUACAUUAUAGAGUAAACAUAUUAUCAAAUAAUGCUUGAGUUCAUUUUCAAACUUUAAAAUGAACUUUAAAAUUUAAACCGCGCUUCACUGACUGGUAUUUUAUACCGUGCGCGCUCCCGCAAGCAGCCGGGCACGCUCAACAACUUUGCUGCUCUCAAGUUCUCCUCGGAAGCUUCCUCGAUCCCGAGAUGUGAUCGCAACUUUCUUGCCAAUGUGGGGAUGCCGACCCCCCCCCCCCACGAACCGGACUGUGAAACGCCGAGUCCCUAACUUAAAGCAUUCAAGUGGUGCUGCACGGCCAGAAUGAAGCGAGGAGGAGGCUCGUAAAUCAUACUGAGACAACAGCAACGCCCCCUGAACGUCACACACGGGAGACAGUGAGAAGUUCCUGCUCGUGCGGCCGCGUUGGAGGGAACCGGACGGUCCGUUUUAAUAUAAGACUCCGACAGAUAUUCCCCGUUAGAUAAACGCAAAGCAGUUAGUGCGUGGUGAGACGCGACUGCUUUCAUGCCUACGUCCGGGGAAAAAAACAUGUUCCCACGAGACUUUGCCUGGGGUGCGGGAACUGCAGCCUAUCAAAUUGAAGGUGGCUGGCAGGCAGACGGCAAGGGGCCGAGUAUCUGGGACACAUUUUGCCACGAGAAAGGCAGAGUGUUCGGGGAGCACAAUGGAGAUGAGGCCUGCAACAGCUACGAGCUGUGGGAGAAGGACCUGGAGUGUAUCCAGCAGCUCGGACUGACGCACUAUCGUCUCUCGUUCUCCUGGGCCCGCCUCCUGCCCGAUGGGACCACACAACACGUCAAUCAAAAAGGUGUACAGUACUACAACAAGGUCAUCGACGAUUUGCUGGCCUGCGAUGUAUCCCCGAUGGUGACGCUUUACCACUUUGACCUGCCUCAAGCGCUUCAGGACGGGGGCGGCUGGAAAUCAGCGAGCACGGCGACUCUGUUCGACGCCUACGCCAAGUUCUGUUUCCGAACGUUCGGCGACCGCGUCAAACUCUGGGUCACCGUCAACGAGCCCUACGUGUGCGCCAAGCUGGGCCACGAGGACGGCCUCCACGCGCCCGGGUUGAAAGAGCCCGGCGUUGCGGCCUACCUGGUGGGCCACAACAUGCUGCGCGCGCACGCCAUGGCCUGGCACAGCUACAACUCCUGCUUCAGGGCGAAGCAGAAGGGUGCCGUGUCCCUGGCCCUCAACAGCGACUGGCUCGAGGCGCCCGAGGCGGGCGGCGGCGCCGAGGACGACGACGCCGACGCCGCCGAGCGCCAGCUCGCGUUCACCCUCGGGUGGUUCGCCUGGCCGGUGUUCGUGACCGGCGACUACCCGGACGUAAUGAGGUCCGCCAUCGACGCUCGAAGCGAGAGGUUGGGGUGGCGCGGCGGCUCCAGGCUGCCCAGGUUCGAGGAGGACGAGCCGCCCGUGCUGGGGACAGCGGACUUCUUUGCGUUGAACUACUACACGUCUCGUAAAGUCGUGGCGGGCGGAGGUCGCGGAGGGACGCUGUGCAUGAAGAACGACCGAGACGCAAGGGACGUCCUGGAUCCGUCCUGGCCCAUUUGUGGCGUGUCCUGGCUCGCUGUAGUGCCCUGUGGCUUACGCAAGCUUCUCAAGUACAUCAAGGACACUUUCAACAACCCAGCGGUGUACAUUACUGAGAACGGCUUCUCUCAGGUGGGACAGCUGCAGAUUGAGGAUGUCCAGCGCUCAGAGUUUUACAAGGACACCAUCUCGGAGGUGGCUAAAGCUAUACAAGAAGAUGGGGUCGACGUCCGUGGAUACUUUGCCUGGUCCCUGCUGGACAACUUUGAAUGGGCUGAUGGCUUCAGUGUUCGCUUCGGGUUGUUCCAUGUGGACUUCGCGGACGCAAGGCUGAGCCGCACGAUAUAUCGGUCUGGACGGGAGUAUGCAAAGAUUAUCUCAAAAUUCCGAUGUCAGUCCAAAUGACAAGACUGAAUAAAUAAAGAAAAUGUCACUUAUACAAUUUAAGUUGUUUUUAUCAGACACACACAUUUCUACUACCAACCAGGAUUUACUUUAUUGUAGAUCCCACAUUUAAAGCUCCACUCGUGUCUUUUAAAAAAUGGUCAAUGGUCAGAUCUGAUGAUGACCUGGGAUAAGAGUGGUCAGCUGAUUCAGUGGGAUGCAAAUUCGUAUUCUGUCCUGGUCAGUCAGCCUGUACUGGGAGCUUUAUGGAGGAAGGAGAGUUCCAUAGUCAGACAAGCUGCUGCAGAAGGUUGCGCAUGAUAACAUUGUGUUUUUGAGGAAUAGGUAGUAAUAUAGAUGAAGAUUUUAAGGUGAUGUUUGUUUAUCUUCAAGGUUUUAUCAAAAAUCCCACUCUGGGUGGUUCUUUUUAUAUGCAGCUAUCUUGCAUUGUACAAACAGUUUGUUUUAGUUUUGUAUUUAGAGGUAAAAUAUAUCCUACAGACAAAUUUGGCCUUCUUUUGUAUAUUGGACCCAAAACUACCACGUCACCCGUUACAUUUGAAUAAAGCCUUUCUAAAAGUCAUGCUCAACACACUGCCGGGCUGCAUGAAGCACACUC